AUGCAUGACCCUUAUCAAGAGCCCUUCGCAUCCAGAGCAGGAGAUAUAUUAGGAAGAGAAUACUAUACCAACGCCACAAUCACUGCUUUGAGCCGCCACCUACCUAUGGAGCUAGCAGUGCAGGUUUCCAAUACGCACAGCACUCCGAUCAGAAUGCCUAUCUGGAAACGUCGUCCAGGAAAUACACAUCUAGUCAUCUUCCUGUUGUAUCAUACAACAGCACAAGAGCUUGAUGAGACAUAUCGAACUCUACAAGAGUCACUCCCGGCAAUGUUUCCCCCCGAAAAAGUAACCAGAAGAAUGUCAAAAGGAGAGUGGAUCUAUGAAACUGAGCCUUGGUAUACCAAGACCCCCGAUAUGACCCUAGAGCUGAUCUCAAGGGACCGGCACCGCAUGAAAACUCGACUGGAUCUCGUCGACUUCUGGGAUGAAUAUCGUGUAUGGGACGCGAAACUGGGGGCAAGACCAGAGAUCAUGCCACUAAUAUUUCUGCGCAAGCCUUUGUCUGAUCUAGAUGAGGCGCAGUUUAACGUUUUGACCUUCAAGUCCUCCCACUCCUACAGAAGUCCAGCCAUCAUGAGACACAUGGUAUUUGGGGAUCUUUGCACAGAUAUAGAAAGAUUUGGCUGUGUAAAUGUUUAUAGAGGAGCUUUUGAGCAUGCCCCUCGUAAAAAGAGUGCCGAAGAAGAAUUCUGGCACCCGGAACAACCGUUCUUCAUCAGCCCACCCCUGUGGUUACCUAUUAUCAAGACAAACUGGAUUCGAACUGUGGUCUCUCUCACGAAUCAGUUGACCGAAGCUGGAAAACUGAGUCUGGAGCAGAUUUUGUUAACAUUUGAUGAGCCGGAUCUAUCUGGAUCUGAAUCUGAAGUUGCAUCCCGAGAUGAAGAAACAAGGCCUGAGUUUUUGUUUGUGCCUUGGAAGAGCGAUGACACAGGCAUGGUCGAAGGAAAGGUGAAAGACAUCUGGGAAGUUGUCCGGGAUCUUUACUUGUAUCCCAAGUCCGACAACAGGCGAGCGGUAUCUUUCGUUUGUGUUGAUCGACAAUUUGAGGCUGAUCAAACGGUCAUUCUGGUUGUGGUGGAAGAGUACAAGUCUGAGCCGGACCAUGAUCUACUUCAACACUUGCCUUUCCCAAGUUUGAGAGGAUUCAGAUAUAUUCGUGCCCCAGUUCAUUUGGCAUACAUCGGUAAUAGUAACACCGUGAUUGAUCAUGGAAACUAUCAUGAAUGGUCAAUCUAUCGAAGACAAGGUUGGCCAGCGCUGGGAAAGUUACCAGAUGACCUGGAAACAGAGGCAGAAUAUGUUGACGGGGACGUCUUCCCUUAA